ACAAAACCCACGAGAGAGACUCAGUUGAAGGCAAUGAGGAUAAAAAGGGGUCUCAUCCAGCCCCCCACACACAACACACUCAAAGGCGAUGCCAGACAAACCUACCAAGUGAAAGAGAUUGAGAGAGAGAGAGAGAGAUCACAUAACUGGUCUUAAACCUUGGCUUUUUCCUCUCCACCACCACUAGCAAGUGCUAGGGAGAGCUCUCUCAAACCCCAAACAAAGAGAGAACAAGAGAGGAACAAAGCGAAUCAGCUCCUUCCUUCUUCAUCAGUUGCAUAUCAAGCAAAGGUCUUCCCUGCCCUACCAUCCUUCCCCAGAAAGUAAAACUCUUUCUCUGAUAAUCCUUUUGUGCUUUUCGUCCAUAGAAGUGCAUACCAACUUCCAAAAACCUCCGUUUUGCUUUCGUUCUCGCUCCUAUCAGAGGGAAGGAAAGGAAAGAAGAAGAAGCACCCACCAAGGCCGCGAGCAAGAAGACUCUCGCUUUUGUUUUCUCUUUGGUCUUUCUUGAAUUUAGCUUGUGGGAUUUUAGAAGGUGGGUAUGAGUGGAAAAAUUGAAGAAGAUCAAGGAGAGUGUUCGCAGACCAUCAACAAUUUCCACAACACCCCCCACCACCUACAAGAUCACUACCACCACCAACAACAGCUGCUCCUCCAGAUGCACCACCACCACCAGAACGACCACACUUUUGGCGGCGCAGUCUUCCACCCGGACUUCCAAGUCCCACCGUCCGUCCUCCCAUGGCCCCUCCCACAGCCCCACCCAGCCUUCCACCCUGUCCGCGAGCCUGACCCCUUCCUCCUCCCUCCCCCGCCGCCUUUGCCACCUUCGCCCUACGGCGGCUUCUUCAACCGAAGGGCCCCUCCCUUGCAAUUCGCCUAUGACGGCGGCCCAGCUUCGGACCAUCUGAGGAUCCUAUCGGACGCCCUUGCUGCGGGCGCAGCGGGUCAUCCAGGUGCCACUGGCGCCGUGGCGCCGUUUGGUCUCCAAGCCGAGUUGGGGAAGAUGACGGCCCAAGAGAUAAUGGACGCCAAAGCCCUGGCCGCCUCGAAGAGCCACAGCGAGGCCGAGAGGAGGAGGCGAGAGAGGAUCAACAACCACCUCGCUAAGCUGCGCAGCUUACUUCCCAGCACCACCAAAACGGAUAAGGCGUCAUUGCUAGCGGAAGUGAUCCAGCACGUGAAGGAGCUGAAGCGCCAGACGUCCCUGAUCGCGGAGACGAGCCCGAUCCCGACCGAGACCGACGAGCUCACCGUGGACACAUCGGAUGAAGAGGUCGACGGCAAACUCGUGAUCAAGGCAUCGCUGUGCUGCGAGGACCGGUCUGACCUCUUGCCCGACCUCAUCAAGACCCUGAAGGCAUUGCGGCUGAGAACACUGAAGGCUGAAAUCACCACGCUUGGCGGGCGCGUGAGGAAUGUCUUGUUCGUCACCGGCGAUCAUGAUCAGGACUUGAGCGGCGACAUUGGAGAGCACCAAGAACAGCAGCAACAAAUACAACAGUACUCGAUAAGUUCAAUACAGGAGGCACUCAAAGGGGUGAUAGAGAAAGCUGGUGGGGGCGACGAGUCCUCUUCUGGGAAUGUUAAGAGGCAAAGGACUAACGUCAAUAUCCUCGAACACAGGUCUCUCUAACAAUGUCAACCAUAUCUAAAUCUUCUUCUAACUUCCUUUUUCUCCUUCUCUACUCUUUCUUUGUUUCUUAUUUUCCUUAUGCUUGCGGGUGUUUCUCUUCUCUCUCUGUUCUUUUUUUUUUUUUUUUUUUUUGGGAGGGUUUCGGUGUGUGCUUGUUUCUCUCGGCCACUAAAACAGCCGGCAAUAUGAUGGUGUUUUUUUUUUUUUUUUUUUUUUUUUUACCACGUACACUGCUCCAUUAAAUGGAGAAACAAGAGGCAAAAAGGAUGGCGUUGUACAUGUGUGGUUGGUGGAGGGAAAAUUCCCGCAUUAUUUUCUGGUGCUUCUGGUCUCGCUCGGGCUUUUGGCAGAGAGAGAGAGAUGUAAGAGCGACAAAUCUUUUCCGUGACAAGAGAAAACUUCUGAGAAAAUCCCACUCAAGGAAAUGUGAGGAAUUGAUUGCUCUAGGGUUUUCAUUUGAGUCGGGUCCAUUUUGUAUCUGUCGAUCUUUGUUCUCUUCUCCUUGCCGUAUAUGGACAGCGUGUACGACGUACUACGUGUGCCAUCUUGUCUCUCUGGGUUGCGUGACGAUGAUGUUCUCGUCCCAACCUUCACCAUCACCAUCACCAUCGUCACCGUCUUCUCCAAGGGAUUAUGUUUUCAAGGGUUUUUUAUUUUCACCGCAGCCAUGUUUUGCUAAAUGAAGAAACAGAACCCCGAUGAGGCAUGCAGGUUCUGCGUUUCGUAGUGUAUAGCCAUUUUGCAGCAGGCUAGUUAGGGAAUGUUGUGCUCUUGAGGAUCA